AAUGAGAAGUGCGCCCGGAACUGUGGAAGUGAGUGAGGCGUGCUAGCUGUACGGAGUGUAUUUCGUGUUGCCUCUCUAAUUGGGUGUGGUGACGGCAAGAGAGAAGUGUUUAUUUCGGUAUGUCUUAAUACUGUAUACGGACGGAGAUGCCGGGCCUUUCAGAAAAGGAGAAGGUGGGCUGUGCAGAGAUUCUACAGUCGAUGGAAGUGGCCGAUCUACUGGCCCUGAAGGACACUGUUACAAGCCGCAUGGUGGAAGUGGAGAACGUGCAAGAAGCGAUACAAGCCAUUCUGAGUUACAGCAGUAAUGCCGAAGAGCUACUGAAACGCAAGAAGGUGCACAGGGACCUCAUCUUCAUGUACCUAGCGAGGCAGGGCUGUGUUGUGCCACCCAGCUCUGAGAAGCAUCAGCUCAUCUCGAAGACUUUGGAGCACUGGGCCUCACACAGGGUCGUCAUGCAGGAAGCUGAGGGAUCAGUUCAGCAUAAAUCAAGACAAUUUACAAAUUCCAACAGCAACCAGGAAAUCUCGCAUAGCAUUGAUUACCAAAGUUUGGGUGAGCAGUUUUGCCAAUGGUUUUACAAGCUGCUUAAUUCCCAAAAUCCCCUUCUAGGACAGCCAGAACAAGAGUGGGGCCCUCAGCACUUCUGGGAUGAUGCAAAGCUGAAGUUUUGUUACACCGUAGCAGAACAGAAAUUGGAGGAGUACACAGGGGCUGAACUGGUCAGCUUGCGCCUAAAAGCACUUGUAAGGGAUGAACAGCUCUUUCUGCACCCAAACCUUGAUCGAACUGGAAUGAAAUGUGUGUCUUCUCCUCAUGGAUUGGUAGUGGUGGCUGUAGCAGGAACAAUUCACCGGAACAGUGUGUGUCUGGGAAUUUUUGAACAAGUGUUUGGCCUUAUUCGUGCACCACAUGGAAACAAUAAUUGGAAAGUAAAGUUUGUAAAUUUAAAUAUUCGAGGCCAAGAUGUUAUCGAAGAGGGACGUACUUCACGAAUGCUUCCUGUUCUUACAUACAAUAACCAAGAGCUGCAACGCUUUUAUAGUUGAACAUUAUCGUAUGUAAAAUUUCAGUUUAUGAAAGUACAGUCAAACAUGUUUAACCAAUUAUUACAAUUUACAUUAAAAAAUUGCUUUGCCCUCUACUGGUUUGAGGUUAGUGAGCACAGACUAGUUAAAAAAAAACAAAAAAAAACACUAUAAUAUACUGUAAUGCAUUUUCUUAUUUUGCAGUUUUAGCCAUGCAAGGGUGAGAGUAAGUCUUUUAUAAGGUUGCUGUUCAGGUAUUCAGUUAAAAUUUCAGAUACUGCAUUGUGAAGUUAUGUUCAUUCUUUAGGUUUUACACUUUCAAUCAAGCCCCAGUCCCAAAAUUCUUUUUUUUUAUAUGUAAUUUAAUUUUACCAAGUUUCCACCAGAGGUGUUGAAGUUUGCUUUUAUUGUCAAGUAAUGAAUUUCAAGUCAAGCUGAAGUUGCCAAAAAAAAAAAUAAAUUUUUAAUAAGGACUGUCUUCUAGUUCAGUGGUUUCCAACCUGGGGUCCACAAGGAUAUGUUAUGGGUUCCAUGACAAAAUGGGG